GGGCUCGGGACUCCGGACUCCUCACGGAGUGUUCCAACUUGGUCUGCCGUGCCCCAGGUCGGCACCUGGAGCAUUUUCGGCCUUAUAAAUAGGCCGUGCGACCCUGAAACUUCCAUCUCUCUUCUUCUCCACGUUGCCUUCUCUCCCUGUUUCGAUUUCUUUCACUUGUGUUUUCUCUUUAUUGCUUCUAUUAUAUUGGAGUUUGAUAAAUAAUAACAAGGGAUGCGGUUCUCGGCGUCCUUCCUGGAUCGAGCGUCGCAAGCGAUACGACGGCGCCCUACCAUCUCCAAGCUUAUCGUGAUAUGCGCACUCAGUAGUGGUGGUGUUCUGGCAUAUGCUGACGCAAAGUCCGACCAUGAUUUUGAAACAUCUGAAUUAACCAGAAAGAAAAAGUUGGUUGUUCUUGGAACUGGUUGGGCUGGUACUAGCUUCUUAAGAAACUUAGAUACCUCACAAUAUGAUGUACAAGUGGUAUCACCUCGUAACUACUUUUUAUUCACUCCUUUGCUACCAAGUGUCACGUGUGGAACAGUGGAGCCACGUAGUAUUGUAGAGCCAAUUCGCAAGAUCAUGCACAAGAAAGUUGGAGGAAUUAAAUUUUGGGAAGCUGAAUGUUAUAAGAUUGAUCCAACUAACAAGAAAGUCCUCUGCUGCUCUAAUAUCUGGACAAACAUGGAUGGAAGUGGUGAAUUUGCUGUAGAUUAUGACUACUUAGUCAUUGCACUUGGAGCAAAGCCAAAUACCUUCAACACCCCUGGUGUGGUGGAGAACUGUCAUUUUCUUAAGGAAAUAGAGGAUACACAAAGAAUUCGAAGGAGUGUCAUGAACUGCUUUGAGAGAGCCAGUCUUCCAGAGCUUAGUGAAGAAGAUAGAAGGAAGAAUCUUCAUUUUGUCAUUGUUGGUGGCGGUCCAACUGGUGUUGAAUUUGCAGCAGAAUUGCACGAUUUUGUGAGUGAAGAUUUGGCCAAAUUGUAUCCUACUGUGAAAGACUUGGUGAAAAUUUCAGUAAUUGAGGCUGGGGACCAUAUUUUGACAAUGUUUGACAAAAGGAUAACAGAAUUUGCUGAAGAAAAGUUUCAGAGAGAUGGUAUUGAUGUCAAAACAAAUUUCCGGGUUGUUAAGGUGUCUGAUAAGGCCAUCACUAUGACUAGCGCAUCAUCAAGAGAGAUAUCAGUACCCUAUGGAAUGGUUGUUUGGUCUACUGGUAUUGGUACCCGUCCAGUUAUACUGGAUUUCAUGAAACAAGUUGGACAGGCUGAUAGGCGUGUAUUGGCCACUGAUGAGUGGUUGAGAGUACCAAAUUGUGAUGGUGUGUAUGCGCUCGGUGACUGUGCCACAAUAAGCCAGAGAAAAGUCAUGGAAGAUAUCUCUGCAAUCUUUAGAGUUGCAGAUAAAGAUGAUUCUGGAACUUUAACUGUAAAAGAAAUCAAAGAUGUACUAGAUGAUAUCUGCGAGAGGUACCCCCAGGUGGAGCUUUACUUGAAGAGCAAACAAAUGAAAGAUUUUAUAGAUCUAUUUAAGGAUGCAAAUAGCAAUGCUGUCAAAGAAUCUAAGGAAUUGAAUAUUGAAGAGUUUAAGAAAGCUCUUGCUGAUGUGGAUUCACGGGUUAAGAUGCUUCCUGCAACUGCCCAGGUUGCUGCACAACAAGGUAACUAUCUUGCUAAAUGCUUUAACAAGAUGAAGAUAUGUGAGGAGAACCCUGAAGGUCCCCUCCGUAUGAGAGGAUCGGGUCGUCAUCGGUUUCAUCCCUUCCGGUAUAGGCACUUUGGUCAAUUUGCUCCUUUGGGUGGAGAGCAAACAGCUGCACAGCUGCCUGGAGAUUGGGUUUCUAUAGGCCACAGCUCGCAAUGGCUAUGGUACUCUGUUUAUGCAAGUAAACAAGUCAGUUGGCGCACGAGGUUUCUUGUGGUAUCUGAUUGGAUGAGGAGAUUCAUACAUGGAAGAGACUCCAGCUGCAUCUAAGGAAUUCAAAAUAAAUCUUUUAUUCUGAAUCAGCCUUCAGGAAGGUGAAGGGAUACUACCCUCAGGACUUCUUUGCAAUAAAUUGUUACAUUCUCUUGCCCUUUUAUUCUUUUUCAUUCCUGAUAAAGGCCACGUUAUUCUUUUCUCCACAAAAUGAGCUUUUGACAACAACAAAAGCGUUUUGUUGGCUUAUUAUGAUACCAACUAUUUCUUUCGUUAUAAUUAUCUUAUAAAGGAACUGUUUGGUAGUUACCAUG